AUGGAUGUCUUCUACAUGUACACGUAUGGCACAGGAGCCUGGCUGUCCUUGCAAGCCUUGCCGCUUAUUGCGUCGCCAAAAAUGAUUGUUGCUAUACUACUUGACAAGCCGCGCGAGCCGUCGGAGCUUGAGAUCUACUUUGCGCGCUCAUUUGGCUUCGCUCUCAUUACACUCGCUAUCCUGUCCAUCGUCUUAACAGGGACCAUCCCUCUAACGUCAAGUUACUCGAUUUCCGCAGAUGAAUCUGACCCCAAAGCCCCAUACGCUGUACCGACGCUCCUAGUCACGUCAAUAUUCCAUGCUAUAGCGGCAUUCUAUGCUUACACGUUCGUUGUUUGGGGCGGCGGAGUGGCAUUUAUGAUUGCAAUAGCGGCUUAUGGCGGGCUUUCGGCAAUUGCCUGUAUUGGGAUGUCCGUCAACUUCGACCUGGAGGAGCGGGAGGGCGCCCCGAUCGAGAUGCUGCCUGCUGAAAUUCUCGACCAGAUAAUGUCAUAUCUGGUUGUAGACAUCCCGCCAGAUGGGUGCACGCCGCGGAAUACCGAUUUGGUCUCGUGCCUUCUGACUUCCCGUGCACUUCAUUCUGCUACAUUGAGUGUCCUAUACCGAACCAUCACCAUCCACCACUCAAACAUCUUUGCCAAGGCACUGACUCAGAUCAGGCAGUACCCGUACCUUGGGACAUUUGUUAGGCGGCUCGAUUUCUCCCCCUUUACCUCCAUUUGGUCGGGCCGCAGCCAGUGGAUGAUAAGCCAGAUCCAGAACCUGACCUCAACCACUUUGUUGGCGUGCUUGGAUUUGUUGCCCAUUCUUCAGGAGCUGCUGUUGCAGGAGCACGUGGAAAAUGACCUGAAUGCCGACGUUCUUAAGAAGGUCAUGUCCGGCAUGCCUAGCCUACGUGCCGUUGAUUUCUGUGGCUGCUCCUCUUAUACUUUUUCUUCGGGUUUCGUGGAGGCAGUCACCGAAGAUCCUGAUUUUCCUACACAGCUCCCAAACCUACGGCGAGUUUCUCUCCACAAAUGCGCCAGUCUUCCCGAUGCUGCAUUUCGGUCUCUGUUUCCUCGCCUCGUCAAUUUGACGCAUCUUGACGUUGCUGAUACGCAAAUAACCAACAGUACGUUGCUCUUGAUUCCGGAAAGUGCCCGGAUUACGCACUUGAAUUUGUCGCUCUGCACGCGGCUGAGGGGGGCCGGAGUUGUUGCUUUUCUGAAUAGCCAUCCGGCAGUAACCGAUACACUUGUGUACUUGAAUCUCAUGUCUGAUGUUUCCACCCACGGGCUUCUUGAGGAAGAGGACGUAGUAAAUCUCUUACCUCACCUCACCCCAACAUUGCGAUCUCUUAAUCUCGGGGGAGCGAGAAUCACGUCUGCCCACAUGCCCAUGCUUCUUCAACUGUCCAAACAUCUUGAAGAGCUUGGUCUUGAUUCGGCGAAGAUCACCAUCAACGAUAUCAAUUCAUUCUUUAUUCGCCAGCCUGCAUCUAGCAGAAACGAGAGCAACAGUGAAUGGGUUCAUCCCAAAUUGCGCUAUCUGGACCUUACACGAAACCCGCAUAUUACUACAGCGACGCUCCUUAACACGAGGCUAUGCGUGCUUGCCACGGAACAAAGUUUUCCGUUGCAUGUAAUUGAGUUGACAGAGAGGGUCGUAUCUCCCCUACGCGGUCGACCCUCGUCUAACGGCUGGACUGUUAGCAAACCAGGAAGGCGAACUUGGUAUGUUCGACAACCACCGCUGGGACUACCGCGCCCCAGCACGCGACGGUGGUGGAAAUUAGGUGUGACCUGGUGGGGAAUGAGGAAAAUCCCCGUAUGCGAUGGUACUGUUAGCGGCCUGCAUGCUUAUUACUCGUUCAAUCAGUGA